AUGGCUCUCUCUUUGCGAUUCCUGUCUCAGGCCUCCAAGAACAUCGUGGCUCAUGCGCCAUCCCCGAGGGCUGCGUGCACGCCCAUCACGCCGAAGACCCCAAAGACACCGAAAUCACCCCAGUCGCCUUUGAGUCCUCUGAGCACGGCUUGCACUGGGUUGAGCUUCUUCCCAGUAGAAGAGGCCAAGCGAGCUCCCAAGACUGCUCGUCGGUCUGUGCAUUUCGCCGACGAGAGCGGAGCUUGGGUCGGCAAUGCGAGCAGCUUGCUCAGUGCCAAAGGCCUCGGCCUCUUAGGAAAAUUCCAGCCUGAUGCCCGUGCCCAAGCUACGCUGGACCACAGCGUCCAGGAGGAGGAUCCCAUGGCUCUGGCUGCGGCCACACGCGCCGCGGUGUUGGCGCGUAAGGCGCGACAGGAAGAUCGCUGCGUGCCAACUCCGCGUGUUGCGCUGGAGCCGACCUUCCCGGUCCUGCUUGGUAGGCGUCCUUCUGUGGGCUUGCCCAUGAAAUCGCCUUUGAGCUUCCUCAACGAAGAGUCCUGUGCGCAAGCAGCACGCCAAGCUUUCUUGGAGCAGCAGGAGCGCAGGGCCAGCAGAGCCAUGGUGGACUUCGUGGUGUAG